GGAACGUGGCGGCACCCAUGGCGCUGUGGCGCGGCUCCGCGUACGCGGGCUUUCUGGCGCUGGCGGUCGGCUGCGUCUUCCUGCUGGAGCCCGAGCUGCCGGGGUCGGCGCUGCGCUCGCUCUGGAGCUCGCUGCGACUGGGCCCGGCGCCGGCGGCCCUGGGACCCGCCUCCCCCGAGAGCCGGCUGGCGGCCGCCUGGGACGCGCUCAUCGUGCAGCCGGCCCGGCGCUGGCGCCGCGUGGCCGUGGGGGUCAACGCAUGCGUCGAUGUGGUGCUCUCGGGGGUGCGGCUCCUGCAGGCACUUGGUCUGAGCCCCGGGCCUGGCAGAGAUCACGCUGUCCUGCACUCACGGAAUGAUCUGGAAGAAGCCUUCGUGCACUUCAUGGGGAGGGGAGCGGCUGCCGAGCGCUUCUUCAGCGACAAGGAGGCCUUUCAGGACAUCGCCCGGGUGGCCUCGGCGCUCCCGGCAGCCCAGCACUACGUCGGAGGGAAUGCCGCUCUAAUUGGACAGAAAUUUGCAGCCAACACAGAUUUAAAGGGGUUCCCGUUCACCUGGAGCUGGCCAGUAUGACCAACAGGGAGCUGAUGAGCAGUAUCGUGCAUCAGCCAUGAAAGAGCUGGACCUGGUAAGAGCCCCAGGAUCAUGAAUAAAUUUGUAAGGUUAGUAUUUAUUUUUUUAAUAAACCAAUUACAGCUCAAAUUUCAGGAACCCUGUACCUCUCUGACUUUGUUUCUACCAGCAUCUGGCCUUGAUGUCCCCGUGCCCUGCUGGUGUCCCUCCCUCGUGCUGAGCCUGACAGGAGACCUGUCCUGGGCUCUAGAAAGUGCCAACAUGGGGUGGGGUGGGGUCCACGUGGCAGUCUGAGAGUGGCCGGUGUGAUGGCUGCUCUGGGCUGGUGGGCAUACCAAACUUUGCACAGACGCCUGAGGGCCAACUUUGUCCUCCACCUCACAGAAGAUAAAAGCUUUGCAACUGUACAAUUCCAUGUACUCCCUCAUACCAUUGCAGUUACCAUGUGUUGCACUGCUGGAUGUCCAGUUUCAGAGUGCACUGCUUUUGUCACUUGUGUACUCGACCUACUCCGCCAUUAUCAGACAAUUUUUCCUCAAUAGCAACAAAACACUCUGCUCUGGACUCCUCAGUGGUUUUACUCGCUCUCUGGAUCCCCAGUAAAUCCUGAAAACCAGCACAGCCCCUCUUCCCAGCAGACCUGGGAGUACCUGCCCCGCGUGGUGCACUGUGGCACUCUCAGAUACGCGAACGUUCCAGGAGUCGCUCAGAGCUCCUCCCCUCUGGAGACCUGAUCCCUGGAGCACGGCAGCUUCCUACGCCAAGUCAGGACCAGCGCAGGACACGAGAACGCAGCGGCGGCACAGGGGCUCCAAGAUGUGCUUCUCCACCUGCACUACAGCAGGGACGGCACUUUCCCCACCUCUGCCAUGGACCAAAGGACAGGACACACCCAGGCCAUCUCCGCUCUCCACGGUGCGCGGCUGCGUGCACACGAGAGCUUAGCCCUGGCCACGGAAGAACCAGAUGUACUGAACAAUUUAUAACUUUUAAACUCCUCGCCACAGGGGUGGGCAUUCAGCCUAGUGGUUAAGCCAUCCGCGUCCCACACAGGAGUGCCAGAGCUCAGCUGAAGCGGGCCCUGCGAGACAGAUGAUGGUUCAAGGAACUGGGUUCCUGCCACCCACAGGGGAGACCUGGAUGGGUUCCUGGCCCCCAGCUUCAGCUCCACCCAGUCCCGGCGGUUGUGAGCAUCAGGGGAGCGCUUGCAUGUUCUCUCUCUUACACACAUACAUAUUUAGGAGGCAGAGUAUGUGUGUGUGUGUAAAAUUUUAAAAAACAAAAUUCUUGCUAUAAAACAAUUUUAAGGAAAGAUGUAUUUAUUUCACAGGCAGAAUUAGAGAGAGGCAGACAGAUACAAAAAGAGAGGUCUUCCAUCCUCUGGUUAACUCCCCAAGUGGCUGCAGUGGCCAGGCUGGGCAAAUCCGAAGCCAGGAGCUGCUUCUGGGUCUCCCUCGUGGGUGCAGGGGCCCAAGCACUUGGGCCAUCUUCUGCUGAUUUUCCAAGCCAUAGCAGAGAGCUGGAUUGGAGGUGGAGCAUCAGGACAUGAACCAGCGCCCAUAUGGGAUGGCAGCACCACAGGUAGAGGCUUUAUCUGCUAUGCCACAGCACCAGCCCCUCUGAUGGUUCUUUUUUUUUUUUUGACAGGCAGAGUUAGAGACAGAGGGAAAGGUCUUCCUUCCAUUGGCUCACCCCCCAAGUGACCACUACUGCCGGCGCUGUGCUGAUCUGGAGCCAGGUGCUUCCUUCUGGUUUCCUAUGCGGGUGCAGGGCCCAACCACUUGGGCCAUCCUCCACUGCCUUCCCGGGCCACAGCAGAGAGCUGGACUGGAAGAGGAGCAACCGGGACAGAACCGGCACCCCAACCGAGACUAGAACCUGGAGUGCUGGCGCCACAGGCGGAGGAUUAGCCUAGUGAGCCAUGGCGCUGGCCAGCUCUGAUGGUUCUUUUAAAGAGGAAAAGCAAAGAUGCAUAAUCUGACCUUGAGACUACCCAACUGCUAACCCCUGAUCGAGUACUGACUGCAGUAAAACACACUGUCCACCAAGCCUCUGUCCUCCCUUCACACAGGCAAUCAAAAAGAGAAUCACGCUGCCUGCUUCAGCCAGCUCUGUAACCGGUAAAUCCUUCAACUUGAAAUAUCUCACAGUUGCUUAACUAUGAGCCUGCCUUCCGUGAACUCAGCCCUAAAGCUAUUUUCACAAACAUAAAAUAAGAUCAUAUACACUCCUUUACAAGCAUCAUAAAACAUUUACAUGGGGGGGGGGGUGUGUGCAAGGGAACUUCAAAAGAGUCGCAGAAACUGGAAUUAAAAGAGGUCUAAUUUGGUGCAAAAAAGUUUUGAAAUCCCUGCUUACAAGGAGGUCUCACAAAGUUCAUGGAGCACUCACAUUAUGAAAAAAUUACACAUGGAUUUCUAAGUUUGAGAGAACCAAAAUACACUUAUCUUUCAGUUUCAUAGUUUACCCACAAAUCUUUUCAGGUAAAAUACUUAAGAUUUAGAGAAUGACAAAAUAUAAGUUUUACAUCCAAAAACUGAGCCAUGUUCAAACGCAAGAACUGAACCCAGGCCAUUUAGCUGAGACAAACCCACUGCUCACUUUUGUAGAUUUCAGGGUAAGAGAAGCUUGGAGGUAGACAAGAUCUUCGAGAUUGUCUGUUCAUCAGUUCAACUACCCAGUUAAGAGAUGAGCAGAGAAACUAGGAAUUUACACUUUAAAUCCGUGGCCUUGGAACCUGGAACUGGCAUUAUGCGUAGCGGUAAAGAUUCCGGCUGCGAUGCUGGCAUCUUAUAUGGGCGCCAGUCAGUGUCCAGGAUGCUCCACUUCCAGCAGGAGGUGGCCCAGCUGUUUGGGCCUCUUCCACCCAUGUGGGAGAACAGGACAAAGCUCCUGGCUUCAGCCUGGCCCAUUGCUGGCUGAUACAGCCACCUGGGAAGUGAACCAGUGAUGGAAGAUUUCUCUGUCCCUCCCUCUCUCUGUAACUCUUUCAAAACAAACACAAAAAUCUUUAAGUUGGCCGGUGCCAUGGCUAAACAGGCUAAUCCUCCGCCUAGCGGCGCCAGCACCCCGGGUUCUAGUCCCAGUCGGGGCACUGGAUUCUGUACUGGUUGCCCCUCUUCCAGGCCAGCUCUCUGCUAUGGCCCGGGAGUGCAGUGGAGGAUGGCCCAAGCACUUGGGCCCAAGUGCUUGGCCCGCAGCACGCCAGCCGCAGCGGCCAUUGGAGGGUGAACCAAUGGCAAAGGAAGACCUUUCUGUCUCUCUCACUGUCCAUUCUGCCUGUCAAAAAUAAAAUAAAUAAAUAAAAAAUCUUUAAAUAAUAAUAAUGGCCUUAACUAUUUGAAGUUAACCAUCAAGGGUGAAAAUAUUUUGAAAAAGUCAUACAAAUGUGAGCCGCAUUCUUCCUAAUAACAUCAUUACUCUUCUACAACAAAUGGAACCUUGACCCUCACAUCCACAUGAAAAUUAUCUUCUCACCUAUAAUCCCCUGUGUGGGAAUCCAAAAUACAGAGGAGAGGGGCAGGCAGGUGUGGUUAAGAAACGGCUCAGGACACCCACGUCCCCUAUCACAACGCCUAGGUUCAAGUCCCAGAUCCACUUCCAAUCCAGCUGCCUGCUGAUGAGCAACCUGGGAGACAACAAGUGGUGCUCAAGUACUUGGCUUCCUGCCUCACACAUGGGAGACCAGACAGCUCUGGGCUCCUGCCUGCAGCCUGUACCAGGCCCAGCUGCUGAGGGCAUCUGGGGAGUGAACCAGCAGGUGGAAGAUCUCUGGCUCUCUGCUUGUCUCUGUAUGUCUCUCUGGCUUUCAAAUAAAUAGAAAUAAAUUUUUAAAGUUCCAAAUCUUUAAAAAAAAAAAAAAAAACCUGCUCUUUUUCCCUGGCCUCUUGCCAGGAAGGGGGCUUGCUGUAGCCCUGCACUUCCAGGGCGCAUAGCCUUCGGGCCAUGUGCUCUAGGCUUCCUGGCCUAGAUGCUCUUCCACGUGGCUGGUUCCUGGUGCUUGGUAUGAACCCAUAUUUACCUCUCUAUCUUAAAUAAAGCUCUCACUCUCCUAAAAAAAAACAAAAACACAAUAUAUAAAGGAGAAAGACCAUCUGCAGAAAAAUGUUCACCACGGCAUUCUUUAUCACAGCAAAACAGUGAAGAUGCUCUUCAAUGGCAUACAGGAGACACAUAAUUAAGAACAGACUCUGGAAAGACAGAGCCUGGAUUCAUGGCCAAGGGUCCCAUGUGACAGCCCUGAGACCUUUGACAAGGCACUGACGCAGGGUCCUUACCUGUGGGAUGGCGGGACACUACUGCCUUCUUCACACGGUUGUACACAAGAUUAACACAUGCAGAGGAGCUUGGUGCGACGCCUGGGCCUCAGUGAGUGCACUGCAGAACUGUUCGCCUGCUGAAAUUGCAUUAAUUCCCUGGAAUAUUAUGCAGACAUGUUCAGUGAUGGCUACACAGAACUCUACACACAGUGCCAGGGAAAAGCCUGUGCUGGGGAAAAGCCAGCUGAAAACUGACAGAUGGUAUCAUCCCGCUCAUGUGUAAGAAUGAAACUACAUCCACAUGUAAAUGCAGAGGGGAAAGUAUUAACAGCGGCUACCUGUGGGUUAAAAAAUGGAAUCUGCUGGUACAACUAAUAAGACUUGUUGCUGUAUAUAUGUCUAUAUUGUUUGACAUAUGUAACAUGUACUUAUGUAUUAAGUGGGCUUUUUAAAAAAUUACUUAGGGGCCAGCGCUGUGGCACAGUAGGCUAAGCCUUUACCUGUGGUACCGGUAUCCUGUAUGGGCACCAGUUCAUGUCUCAGCUGCUCCUCUUCCAGUCCAGCUCUCUGCCAUGGUCUGGGAAAGCAGUGGAAGAUGGCCCAAGAGCUUGGGCCCCUGCACCUGUGUGGGAGACCCAGAAGAAGCUCCUGGUUCCUGGCUUCAGAUCAGCCCAGCUCCAGCCCCACCUGGGGAGUGAACCAGCAGAUAGAAGAUCUUUCUCUGUCUGAAACUCUCCCUUGCAGAUAAACAAAUAAAAUAUUUUAAAAAAAAUAUUUAAAGAUAAUGUGGCAACAAAGAAAACUGGCCCGACGUUACGGGAAACAUCUAAAGUUAUGCAUACACCACAAGUGCGACGUGAAUGGAGGAGCCUUCCAGUCAUCGAGAGAAACGGACUACAGUUACACCAGGGGCCGAACCACCUUUCGAUCUCCAUUUCCCAGUCUUAUGAGUCAAAAAACUCUUCUAAAUGAAACCAAUUUGGGCUCUAUUUUAAUAUCACCUUCUACUGUUUGUAUUUCAUGACAAAGUUAACUUUUUAAAAUCUUAGACACAGAACGUGGCUUCACCUUACUAAGCUCUCUGGUCAAAAUGAUUAUCUGUGGUCAUCUUUUAAAAAAACAUGUUACUUAUAUCAGAGGCACAGAGAUGCAGGCAGAGACAGAGCUUCCAUUUGCUGGUUCAUUCCUCAAAUUCCUACGCCAGCUGGGGCAAGAAGGGGACGGGCUGGAGCCAGGAGCCAGGAACUCAAACCAGGUAAACAGAGACAACUACUGGAGCCAUCGCUGCUGCCUCCCAGGGUGCACAUGGGCAGGACGCCGGAACCAGGAGCCCAAGCUGAGAAUCAGACCCAGUUCUCUAGAUGUGGGAUGUAGGCCUCUUAACGCCCAGGCCAAAGAAAUGCCCAACCCCUCCCAUGAGUGGUGCGAUUUUAUCCAGAAGCCAAAACAUCUACCAUGGGCACCAUCUCCCAAUGGAUGGAAGUCACAGAACACCUCCAUAGAGUGAGAUUCACUAAUGUUACCCAGUGAUGCAGGGACAGAAGCCAACAAGGAUCAGUCUAAGCCAAAAGGAAAAAAACACACCUUCAAAAAAGAUGAUUAUAGUAUGUUGUAAAGUUCUCAAGCUAAAAUGAAGCCGUUUACACAGGCACAGCACUUUACAGUUCAUAAGCAACCAUCAAGCCAGUUAGGCAGACAAGGCACGGUUCUGGCUCGCCUGCAGCCCCCGGCUCCCAGGGCUCUGGGGCUGGAGCAGCACGACACCCACUCCCAAUCCUCUGGCUCCAAACCCAAGUCCUGGCUGCACCGCCGGCACCGCUUCCACACAGCUCGCCAAACACAGCCACGUUCUCAUCUUUGAACUUCCAUCCACGCCCUGUUCUGCACCUGCCCCCGACAGACACGCAGAGCGGGGGCGUCUGUCCUCCCCGACGGCCGACUCCGUGAGAUCCAAGGUGGCAACCCAAUAAACAGUAACCGCAGCAGGCCCAGAGGGUGGGAAAAUACAUCAGGGGAAGAGCGGCUGAAGGGACGGUGACACGGGAGGAGAAGGGGGGCGGGCAGCAGGUGCACACCCAGAUUCUGUGUCAGUCACGGGAGGGGCUGUGACAUAAAGGAAUCACAGCUGUGCUGGGUGGCCCUGAGGGUUAAAACAAAGGCAAUCCAACAUUCACUCAACAAACACUGACUGGCUGUCUGCUGGGUGCCAGAGGCUUGUGCUACCCCAGGGACACAAAGGAGAGCAGGUUUCUUGUCAUAUCCUGUAAGGCUGUGGGUCCGGAUAGUCGGAGGCUAAACACAGUCCUGACUUUAAGGGCUCACGGAGUUGUCAAUAGAAGAUGCAAAUGUAUGCUUUGAAAAGAAGCUUUUUAUUUUGAAAUAACUUUGGGUUGCAGAGGCAGUGUGGAGUGCUCUGUGCACCCCUUCGGCCACUUUCAGCGUCCCCUCAUGACAGGUCACCUUGCUGAGCGACCCCCAUGGCUACGUUGCCCGGAACUGUGGUCUGACUUUAUUCAGAGCACACCAGAUUUUCCACCAAUGGCCAUUUUCUGCUCUGGCACCCAGUUUGGGUCCUGCAGUGGCUGCCACGUAGCUGCCACGCCUCCUGGUCUCCCUGAGCUGUCAGACUCCUUUGCUCCUUCCCCACCUUUCGUGCCUCUAGUGUUGUGGAAGAGUGGCCAGGUGUUUUGUAAACCAUCACUUUGGUUUUAGCUUUUCUCAUGAUUAGACAGUGCGGAUGGAGUUGGGGGAAAGAACACCCCGAGGUCCUGUUCUGUUCCCAUCACAUCACA